ACACUGUCUGCGCAUGCGCCAGGAUAUGUUAGGCGCUCUUGGCGAUGGCUGCCGACAGGACUGAGCUGGUCCAUCUGGUGGAGGAAUUUGUAUCGGGACGCGCUGAUAGUUCGGUUGCAGAUGUCGUGGCAGGUGUCAAGACUGGACAGUUCUCCAUACUUCAGCUGGUUGAGGCCCUAGGGUUAAGUUUAACCAGUUCUCAGACUCCGACACGUGGCCGAGGGGUGCAGCUUCUCUCUCAAGUCCUGCAGGAAUGCUACAGCGAGCUUUCAGAGAGCGAAGUGACGGUCCUGGUAGCAUUCUACGAGAACCGGUUAAAGGAUCACUAUGCAAUCACACCACACGUUCUCCAUGGACUCGGCGCUCUGGCGAAGUGCACAGUGCUGCCUCCGGGUUCAGCAGUAUCUAUUCUGAAAGCCCUCUUCCAGGAUGUGCACGUACAGUCCCUGAUGUUGACAGAACGGUCGUGUGUCUACAACAUACUCAUCAGCCUCAUGGACUCGAGAGAAAAGGAGCUGAAGGGUUUGGGUCCAGACUUUGUGUUUGGAUUUGUGCAGGCUGUAGAUGGAGAAAGAGAUCCUCGCAAUCUACUGCUGGCCUUCCAGAUAGCAAGAAACAUCAUCCACAGAGGUUAUGACCUCAGUCAGUUUACAGAGGAGCUCUUUGAAGUCACAUCCUGCUACUUUCCAAUAGACUUCACGCCUCCACCCAAUGACCCUCAUGGCAUCACGCAGGAGGACCUCAUCCUGGCUCUACGGGCCGUUCUAACGGGGACGCCACAAUUUGCAGAGUUCCUGGUACCAUUACUUAUCGAGAAGCUUGACUCGGACCUGCUACCUUCCAAGGUGGACUCCCUGCAGACGCUGGCUGCUUGUGCACCUGUAUAUGGAUACAGAGAGCUGGCUGAGUUCCUCCCAGGCCUCUGGUCGUCCAUACGCAGAGAGGUUUUCCAGACAGCAAGUGAGCGAGUUGAGUCAGCAGGUCUGUCUGCUCUUAGUGCCAUCACAUCCUGCCUGUCUCGCACUGUCCUUACGUCAGACUCGGGAGAUUCCUUGCAAACGUUCCUAGAGCUCGUCUUCAAAGACUGUCAGCACCACCUGUGUGAGCCCGAUCUGAAGCUGGUGUGGCCGAGUGCUAAGCUGCUGCAGGCUGCAAGUGGUGCCUCCUACAGGGCAAGCCUCAUAGUGACCGCAGUGGUGCUGCCUGCACUGUUCAAGCAGUACAACUCCAGAACUCAGUGUGCUCAUCGACGCACCCUGUUGGAGGUGUUGCAUGGCUUCAUCCAGCCCACUGUGAGCAGCCAGCCUGAAGAACAAGAGGAGUGUGUGCUGCUCCCGUUCCGAGAGUCUCUCUGCAGCGUGGUGUUUGCUGCUCUUGCAGAGUCAAACGCAUCGCUUCAAGUCAUAGCUACGAAAGUUCUAGCCACAUUGAGCCAGCAUUCUGGCCUGUUAUUGGAGACAGAUGUGGAAAUAGCAGUGGACCACCUGACGAGGCUUGUUCUAGAAGAGGACGAUGCACAAGUCAGUUUGGCAGUAAUGGACUGCGCAGGAUCUCUGGCUCGUCUCCAUCCAGCUGUUUUCGCUUCCCGAAUGGUUCCAAGACUGAAGGAUGAAAUAUUCACAGAACCCAUGGUUGAAGGAGACGCUUCCGCUCCUCCCACUCAGAGUCGAAGCAAAGGAGCGGCAGGAGAGCGCAGCGUAACGGCUCUCGCCUUCAUCUCUACUCAGCUCAGUCUGGUGAAGGAGAGUGCACCUGUACUACUGCAGGUCCUGGCUGCUGCUCACAAAGGUAGCAGCAGUUUCUCAACAGAGGAGGUGAUGUCCGUGUGUCGCAGUCUGCAGAGGAUAGCCGAGCACGCCCAGCGCACAGUGCAGAUUGGUGACUUUUUCCACGACGUCGUCAUUCCACGAUUGCUGGGUCUGUCCCUGCAAGCAGCUCUGCAUUGUCAGAAGUGCUCUGGUCACACGAGUCCGCUCACAGAAGAGGCGGUGCUGACUGCUAUAGUUCCUGUCAUAAGCACUGCUUGUGCAGCACUACAGCCGGUACCUGCUACUCAAAUGGCUGCCCAGGCAGUUUCACUUUUCUUAGAUGGAAAUGUGUCCUUCCUGCCAGAAAACGCCUACCCAUCACCGCUCCAGCUGCUCAAGAAGCAGUCAGACUGUUGGUCUCAGGCACAGCUGGUGUGUUUGCUCAUGGCCUGUGUGUGUUCCCUUUCACAGGAGGUGGACAUUCCUGACAUUGACAGGCUUCUUGUCCAGUUGGAGGAGCUGAUUUUCACAUGUACACACCCGUUCUCGUACACAUCCGCAGCCAAGUGUUUUGCCGGCCUGAUCAACAAGAGAGCAGCAGGCCAAGCCCUGGAUGCUGUUCUGGAGAAGACCAUGAAAAGAAUAAGUGCAACGUUAGACUGUGAAUCUUCAGCACAACGAGUUCAAGCCUUCACUUUACUAAUCUGGGUGGUCAAGGCUUUGCUUCUGCGCUACCAUCCUCUGUCCGUAACCUUAACCGACCAGCUCUUCUGCCUCCUGAGCGAUGAUCAGUUAGGUUCUCGGGCAGCGGACGGUUUCUCGCUACUUAUGAGCGACUCUCCAGAUGUGCUGAACCGCAGCUGCCACGCCAACGUGCGCAUUAUGUACCGCCAACGAUUCUUCACAGAGAACUCGGCUAAACUUGUACAGGGCUUCAACUGCGCACAGCAAGAGAAGAGGUCCGUGUAUCUGAAGGCCUUGUCGCACAUCGUCAAUAAUCUGCCCAGACAAGUGCAACUCUCAGAGCUUCCUGCUUUGCUGCCCCUGCUUUUAGAAGCACUGUCCUGUCCCGAUGAAGCGGUCCAGCUCUCCACUCUCUCCUGCCUUCAGCCGCUGCUCAUGGAGCCGCCGCCUGCUCUUACCGCACAGCUGGAGGCUCUUUUCACCCGCCUGCUCACUCUAACCACCAGCCCUGCUAUGAAAGUGAGGAUCGCUGCCCUGCACUGUGUCCACGCCCUCUCCCGCCUGCCUAGUCACAUGGUGUUGCCUUUCCGUGCCAGGGUGCUGCGAACACUUGCGAAGCCGUUAGAUGACAAGAAGAGACUGGUGAGGAAGGAAGCGGUGGCAGCCCGGAGCGAAUGGUUUUUGUUAGGGAGUCCAGGAGGGAGGUGAAAUCAAGAGCACUGCUGUCCAUGAAAGUUCACCCAGCGUGAACCCUCUUCCACACAAUUCUGCUCAACUGGAUCACUCUAAUGACACACAGCAGGAGUGAAGUUAGCGAGUCCCAUCGAGGCAUCGGGAAUACGCGAAGAAGAAUGUACUGAAAUAAUGCACUGAGGUGGAGCUCAAUCCUGCCACUGGGCUGUUUUUUUUUUUUUCUUUUUUCCUCUCUUCCUUCCGUCUGAAUCUGAGCAGGUGAUGCAGGUGCUUAAAGAUAAACAUGAUUUACAGAAUGAUUUUACUUUUCCUCCCUGCAGUCUCUCUCUCGCUUGUAUGAAUAAAUAGUCGUGUAGGCUGCUUUUCUGCUUUCUCCCACAA